AUGCGCUUGAGUUUAAUAGUUUUACUAUGUUUCGUUAUUGCUCUGGCCACUUCAGCAACGACACGUCGUCGUCCGACUAAAACAUCAACACCAAAGUCGGCUUAUGCUUACUUACGUACUGUUCGUGGAAACAGUUCGUGUACUAGCGGAUCCUGUCCGUUUUGGGAAAGACACGGACGUUCGUUCGCUGCACUUCGAUGCUACUCUCAGCAAUAUCAAGAAUGUACAUGUCUCCAUCGCAUGUGCUUUAGUUCAUGCAUGUUUACACGAGAAGUUUGUAAUCAAGAAAUGGUCUCGUGUUUACGACAAAUAUGCCCACGUUGUAUGCCACCAUCGGCAUCAGCUAUGUGCGCUGUUUAUGAUUCCAUGGCUACACGAGUAGCUGAAGCUCUGUCCAUCUUUGCUUGCUAUCCAUGCUGUGCGGUGUUUCAUACUACGACAGCCAAUAUUACAAAUGUACCUCCAACAACAACUCCUGCUAUUCCUGAAAGUUCAACAACAGAUCCUUUUGCAUUUACAGACGACAAUCUUGGUCCAUCAAAUUCAGAUAAUCCAGAAGUGACAGAUGAUUACUAUACUGGUAUCAUAAAUAUCAAUCCAACAAAUGCUGUACCAAUUAAUAAUCAAAAUACUGGAUCUCUCCCGACAAAUAACGUAAACAAUGGAAUCUAUACCAAUGGAAACGGUAACAUCUACCCAAACACAAACACCAACGGUAUUCCUAACACACCCGUCAAUACGAAUACUAAUGCCAAUGGAAACGGCAUUCCCAACUCGAACACAAACACUUUUACUAAUACCAAUGGAAAUGGUAUCCCUAACACAAAUACAAACGGCAAUACAUUUACCAAUGGAAACACAAAUGGCAACAUCUAUACCAAUGGAAACACAAAUACAAACGGCAAUACAUUUACCAAUGGAAAUGGUAUCCCUAACACAAAUACAAACGGCAAUACAUUUACCAAUGGAAAUCGUAUCCCUAACACAAAUACAAACGGCAAUACAUUUACCAAUGGAAACACAAAUGGUAACAUCUAUACCAAUGGAAACACAAAUACAAACGGCAAUACAUUUACCAAUGGAAAUGGUAUCCCUAACACAAAUACAAACGGCAAUACAUUUACCAAUGGAAACACAAAUGGUAACAUCUAUACCAAUGGAAAUCUAAACGGUAACGGUAAUCCCAACGGAAAUCCCAACACUAAUGCUCCCGUAAACACAAAUACCAAUGGAAACGUUGUUCCCAACACAAACAUUAACACGGUACCUAAUACAAACACAAAUGGAAACCCAAAUACAAAUGGCAAUCCUAACAGUAACGGUAAUGGCAAUACCAAUGCAGGUGGAAAUACAAAUGGUGUCAACAGUGUGAACACUGUGAACGGUAACGGUAAUGGACUUAGUGGAAACUGUGUCGGUACUAAUAACUAUCCUGGCGUAGUCUUUCCUGGUAGUGAUGCAAUGUUCUACAACAAUAACUUCCCUCUUCGAAAUCAACAAACUGUCAAACAACGUAGACGUCAAACUGUACGUUCAACAAAACGUCGUUCAUCAACAACACGCCGAGCAUCAACUUCAACUCGCCGAACGGCUCAAGCAAAUGGUACAGUUCGUGCUAACACUGUCAAAAGCAGUGUUCGUAAACCGGUGCAAGCAGCCAAAAAACCUCAAACAAACAAUCGUGUCAAAAGUUAA